UGUGCAGUAAAAGUAAAACCUGCUUGAAUUAAACGCCAUCACACGUGACAUUACCCUUAUACCUCAACACAAGAACACUACAGGCUCACAUUACCUGGUUAAUACAGUAUACUCUACUCGCUGUUAGUGCAUACAGGAGUCAGCAUAUCUUUGUACGCUAUUCAUACGGGUUUUAUCAGUUGUCACAUGACCCACACUCAGCCAUCUUGUGGAAAACGGAGAGAGAGAGAGAGCCCAGAGAGAGCCACACAACUCGCAUACAAACCUUGUGCUGUCAGAACAAGCAGAGAACUUCAAGGAAGAAUGGCCGAAACCCAGACACUUAACUUUGGACCAGAAUGGCUCCGUGCCCUGUCUGGAGGGGGUGGCGGCAGCAGUGGUGGUGGAGGCGGCUGUGCGGUUGCCUCUCCACCCCUCUCACCUGCAUUGCCAAAGUAUAAACUUGCAGACUAUCGCUACGGGAGAGAAGAAAUGUUAGCACUUUAUGUAAAGGAUAACAAGAUACCUAUAGACCUACACGAUAAGGAGUUCCUGCCCAUAUUGCAAGAGGAGCCCUUGCCACCUCUGGCACUCGUGUCAUUUACAGAGGAGGAACAGAGAAAUUUUUCCAUGUCUGUAAACAGUGCAGCUGUACUUCGGCUGACAGGGCGAGGAGGCGGUCCCAUAGCAGGGGCAGCAAGAGGCCGAAGUACCUCAAGAGGUCGAGGUCGGGGAAGAGGAGACGGAGGGUUUUACCAAAGAAGUUUUGAUGAUGUGGAAGGUUUUGGCCGUGGAGGCAGGGAGAUGCAUCGCUCCCAAAGCUGGGAAGAAAGGGGAGACAGAAGGUUUGAAAAGCCAGGUCGAAAAGAACCAGAGGCUGCUCCCGGACAUUUUCAGAUGAAUCACAUCCGUGGAAAUUAUGAAGAUGUGGGGACGGUGGGCCUGCCGAGGAAGCAUGACUUCAUACGUUCAGAGAGUGAGAACUGGCGUUCUCUUCGGGAUGAGCAGAAUGGUGAGGAUGAUGAUGGGGGCUGGCGCCUGGCGGGUCCUCGACGCGACAGUGAUCAAUGGUGCCCCCCAAGCCCAGAUGCGCCUCGGUCAGCAGGGUGGCGGGAACACCCAGAUCAGCGGCGCCGUUUCCCAUUUGAUGCAAGAGAAGACGAGCGGGGCUACAGGAGGCCACGAUCGGGCAGUGGCAGCCUGGAGGACGAGAGGGAUAGCCUGCCAGAGUGGUGUCUGGAGGACGCCGAUGAAGAGGCGGGCACCUUUGACUCAUCAGGAGCCUUUCUGUCACUCAAGAAAUCCUCCAAGGAGCCAAUCCUGGAGGAGGCAGAGCUUGACUUCAGACCAUUGGAAGAGUGUGAAGAGGGCCUGGAAGAAGAGGAGGACAGUCUACCCAAGGAGACCAAAGAAAUGGAAACACCGGCCGAGCGAAAAGAGCUGCUUAGAAUUUCAGAGGAGGCCCCAGCUGUUGCUGCACCUGUUGCUCCCCAAGUCUCAGAACCCCCGGCUCCUACGCAGUCUCUUUCACCAUGUCAGCCCCGCCGAACACAAGCGUCUGAGAGGCCGGCUGAACGGCAGCCACCCCUGGAGCUCCCGCCAGAGCCCUGCAAAGUCCCCCUGCACAUCCCCAUGUCUAACAGCAUGCUCGAGAACCUACCCAUGACACACAUUUCAACCACACGUACAGAAGUGUCUGCUCCAUCGCCCACUGUCCAGCUACCACAGCCAAAGCCCAGGGAAGUUCCUGUGGCAAUGAACAAUCCUUUGCCCUUCCCAAGUAUACUGGCACCUAUUGGCAGGCCCACAGCUGUGCCACAUGACACAGAUGAAGAUGAGGGAUUGAAACACUUUGAGCAGGAGGCAGAAAAAAUGGUGGCAUACCUACAGGAUGGUGUGACAGAUGAUGACAGACUCACAUUAAAGGCUUCAGAGAAGCCCAAACCUGCAGGUCUGCCGCUCACCCAUGAGGCUGCUCUCAAGUGGUUUUACAAAGACCCACAAGGGGAAAUACAGGGUCCUUUCAGUAACCAGGAGAUGGCUGAGUGGUUCCAGGCUGGUUACUUCACCAUGUCUCUCUUAGUCAAAAGAGGUUGCGACGAAGUGUUUCAGGCACUUGGAGAGAUUAUGAAGAUAUGGGGGAGGGUACCAUUCACUCCAGGCCCGGCACCUCCACCUCUACAGGGCGAUGGUGAUCAAGAGAGGUUGAAGAGGCAGCAGGAGCUCACUGCUCUCAAUCUAUACCAGUUACAGCAGCUCCAGUAUCAAUACCUCCUAAGGCAGCAGUAUGCUCAGGCUCUGGCCCAGCAGAAAGCCGCAGCUCUUAACUCCGCUCCUCUACAACAGCAGCAGCAACACCAACAGCAGAUCAACCUGCUUCUACAGCAAUACCAGGCUCUCAAGAUAAGAGCGUCUGAGAGCCUCCUACCUCCUGUUACCCGGUCCCUGUCUGUACCGGACUCUGGUUCUGUGUGGGAAAUGCAGAACCCGUCCUCUCAGGCCUCCUGCACACCAAACCUCCAAAAAGCUGCCCCAAGCACAUGGGAUGGCAGCAGCGUGUGGGACUUACCGAUAGACUCCAUGGCACAGGCUCCAACCAUCGAGCAAAUGCAGCAGUUAGAGAAAUCAAAGGCUGCAAAGUUGGAGCUAGAGAGACGUGAGGCAGAAAUGAGGGCCAAAAGGGAGGAAGAGGAAAGGAAACGGCUGGAAGAGGUCCUGAGGGCUCGGCAAGAGGAGGAACGUAAACGCUUGCAGGAAGAGGAGCUAGCACGACUAAAGCAGGAGGAGGCAUUAAGACGGCAGCGAGAGCUGGAAGAGGCACAGCGCAGACAAAAAGAGGAAGAAGAAAGAAUGGCACAAGAAGAAGCUCUCCGAAGAUUAGAGGAGAGGAGGAGGGAGGAAGAGGAGAGAAAGAAACGGGAGGAGUUCAUUCGCCAACAGGAGGAGGAGCACAGGAAGCAGGAGGAACUUGAAGCAUUGAGGAGGCGUGAGGAGGAGAAGCGAGCAGAGGAAGAGGCGGUAGCUGCUGCAGCGGCAGCCGCUCUGGCUCAGCAACAAGAGGAGGAGCAAAAGAGGAGAGAGCUGGAGGCCCAAAGACAGCAGGAGCUGCAGAGACAGAGACAGCAGCAACAAGAGGCCCUCAGGAGACUUCAGCAACAACAGCAGCAGCAGCAGCUUGCACAGAUGAAGCUUCCAUCCUCCUCAAAGUGGGGCCAGCAGUCAACCAACGCCAUAAAUCAGAAUCAGAAUGCCCUGUCACUGGCUGAGAUCCAGAAGCUGGAAGAGGAGCGAGAAAGACAAGCGCGGGAGGAGCAGCGACGUCAGCAGCAGGAGCUCUUGAAGCUACAGCAGCAGCAGGCCUUACAGCAGGCUCAGCAGCCCCAGGCAAAGCUGUCUGGUUGGGGUAGCGUGGCCAAACAGCCAGCUAUGACCAAAUCUUUGUUGGAGAUUCAAAGGGAAGAAGCCCAGCUGAUGAAACAGAGGAAAGAUCAGCAGCAGCAGCAGCCACAACAACACCCUGUCGCCCAACCAGUCCGUGCUCAAACCAGAACUCCGUCCCUGAGUAACUCAGUCUGGGGCUCUGUGAACACCAGCAGCUGCCCCAACUGGGGCUCGGACUCCAGCAGCAUCUGGGGCGACACCCAAAACUCCAACAUGGGCUUCUGGGAUGAAGCUGUAAAAGAAGCAGUCCAGCAACCGCCUCCACCAAAGAAGGGCAACACGCAAAAGAACAACAAAGGCAACGCCAACCUGAGUAACUCUGUGAGUGGGCGAGCCAAUAAGAAAGUAGAAGAGGAGGAGAAGCUGCUAAAACUGUUUCAAGGGGUCAGUAAGAGCCAGCAGGACACCUUCAUGCAAUGGUGUGAACAAACCCUGCACACCCUCAACACAGCCAACAACUUGGAUGUUCCAACGUUCGCAUCCUUCCUGAAAGAAGUGGACUCUCCGUAUGAGGUGCACGACUACGUCAGGGCCUAUCUGGGGGACACUCCCGAGGCCAAAGACUUUGCCAAGCAGUUCCUGGAACGUCGUGCCAAACAGAACGCGAAUCAACAGAAAGCAGCUCCGCAGAACCAACAACAAGCCCUCAAACAGCAGCAGGACUCUGUAUGGGGUGGAACAGGAUCGUCUUCACUCUACCAGUCCAACCAUACAAGUGGCCAGCAGCAGCAACGCUUCGAGACCGUCACCUCAGGGAAGAAGAAAAAGAAGCAGAAGAUGGUCCGAGCAGACCCCAGCCUUCUAGGUUUCUCUGUGAAUGCAGCAUCUGAGCGAUUGAAUAUGGGAGAGAUAGAGACAUUGGAGGACUUUUAAGGGACUGCAGCCAAGCGAACCCGAACUGACUGUAUCCGAUUUGAACAGCAGCUGUUCUACCUGAACCCCUCCCACAACCCUCUUGACUGCUCAACAACUUUUUAUUUUUAGUUUCCUGUUUCUCAGACAAACGCUGGUCAUCCCUCAUAAAUUUUAAAGCGUCAAAAAAUGUCCAAGGAAGGCGGUUUACUCCUGCUCAACGACCCAUAGUGUGACAAAAAACCCUCAAGACAAAGCGUACUGGAGCAAACCAACGAGUGAACCAUCAACCAGAUAAGAGAGCGACCACGUGAUGAACUAAAGUUUCAGGAAGUGUCUGCAGAGGCUUUGAGCAUCAGCAGCAGUCAUGUCCUGUUGUAGGAAUUCAGUGACAACAAAUUUCAAAUUUGGCCUCCAUUGUACGGGAUUUUUUUAAGUGUGGAUAUAAGGGUGGGGUGGUUGGGGUAUUAUGGGAAAAAGGUGAGAGAGAUUAUAUCCAUUGUUUUUGUUUUAUUUAUUGAAAUUUUUCUUCUUCACACAUGCCCCCCUCCCCUCCCCUCUCUCUUCCCCCUCCCUGUUUUCUGCUGGGUGUUCAUGGAUAAGGACGGCAAAGUAGAGCCCAAGGAUUCGUGCCCUCUUAUGUCCUGUUUUAAGGACAUGUUCAAAAGUUCCAAGUAGUUAUCUAUUUCUUGUAAAAUACUAGGCUGUUUAAAGAAUAAACUUUCAAUUCUGCAUCUGUAUUAUAAUAUAUGAAAAAUGAUCUGCUGGAGUCAUACUUUUUUAUUGCAGUAUGAAAUAAUAAAACAGUCUGAUGUGUGGGCUGUUCACAGCUGUGUCUGAACCAUUGAGAAACAA